GGAAAAAUAUUUCGGUAUUACUGGCAAGGUAUGGACAGAUUACCGUUUCAGAAGGGUGUUUGUGCAGAAGCUGCUAUGAGAAAUUAUUGAAAAUCGACCAAACUGUUUUAGACUUUAGAAAUAAAUGUCAAUCUUCAAAACCAGGUGUCAAAAGGUGUUUGAGUGACAUAACCUCCAUGAGCAAUAUAAGUGAAAUCAAUGUUAGUACAAUUUCUCCGUCACCAGUUGCAAUGUCCUUAUUUCAAACGCCUAACUCAAGCCAUUCACGGUCACAAGUUGCAGUGUCUCUAUUUCAAACGCCUGUUGUUGUUAACAAUAAGAUUAACAUUGAGAGUCCAGUGACUCCUGUGCUUCGGACUAUAACUCCAAAACCAGUCAAAAGAUCAUUGUUAGAUGACAGCGGAUAUAUGUCUUCGUCUAUAUGUCCCAGCCCUAUAGCAGUUUCCAUAAUGCCAUCACCAGUGGUCAAGCAAACUGACCAUUGCUACAGCAAGACUGUCACGAGUACUCCAAAGCCAAAAUCAGCACCAUUGGCUUCAAAGAGUUCUACUAAUACUCCAGUAAACCAUGAGGGGGCAGAUGAAAAUGUUACAGUUACAGUACCAUCUUUAAGCAAAACUGAAAAAGCACAUCUUGCUUCAUUACUACAUUCUGGUGGAUACAUCUCACACAUUGGAGAUCUGUUGUUAAAAAAUAAAGAUUUUUUGAAACAUGUGACAAAUUACUUCCAAACUGAAAGUGAGGAGAAAAUGAAAAUUCUAAAUAAAGAAAAACAUGGAUUUGUUAGUGUUCUGAUGAAAAAAACAUGUGACAAUAUGUAUGGAUUUUCCUGGGACAAAAUUUGUGAAGAAUUUAAAAGUCAGUUUCCCUUACUUGCAAGCAUAGUGGAAGGUAUAAUGUCUUCUGGGGAGAAAAAUAGAGACAAGAUAUUGCCAAGGAUGGGAAUGGUGUAUGCAAUUUAUGACCGGUUUCAGCCUGUUGGUGUAUGUCUAAGCUAUGAGCAGUCACAACACCUUUUGCAUGAAGUAGGCCAGUCAUACACACAACAACUUGCUGCUGCCAUAAAUGAGGGCAAAAGAUUAAGGAUAGUUGGCGACAAUGUAAAUUAUGCUGUUGGCAUCAGGGACCAGAGGUCGCAGGACAAUGGAAAAACACAACACCUUCAUCAUGCAUUUGCUUCCAUUGCUUUGAUCCAUGAUGUUGACUUUGCACACCUUUCCUCGGAACGACCACAAAAGCCUUGGACUGAUGUAAAUGUACAGGAUUUGCUCAUGAAUCAGGAUGACUACCAAGCAUUAAGACAAGACUAUAUUAAUCAAAUUGUAACUGUUGCAAAAAAGCAUAUUCCAUAUUUUAAAUUCUUGGAAGACAUUUCUCUACAGAACCCUAUAGCUACAGGUACUAUAACCAAGACAAGUGAAAACCACAAAAAAACUAAGGUAAUUCCACUGGAGACUGUUCUUAAAAAUGAAAUGUACUAUUCUGAUGUUGUAGACAUUUUAGACAGUUAUGAAAACAUAUUGGAGACAACAUUCAAUGCAGCAGGAAAAGAAGUAACAGAUGAUGUCAAAAUCCACAUUGGUGGUGAUCAACUUACCCGUGAGAGGUUUUCUGGUGCAAAAGGUUUAAGAGCAGCUGAAAACAAUGUGAAAAAUCGCUUCGAACACCUGACCCCUGUAACAUUUGAAAUGUUUCAUCUUCUCAUGAACUUCUUGCAAGGAUUUUUUGACUUUUUGUAUAGUGACAAAAGUGCGGGAGACCUUGGGACCCUCAAGUGUGAGAUAAAUAGAGUAAUGAGAAGUCAGGUUGACCAAGAUGUUAAAAAGGCUUAUGAUGCAGAUAAAGACUUUGUGAUUGCCUUUGUAAAUGCAUACAUUGUUGAACUAUUAUGUGAACGUUUCGGAAUGGAGGACCAUCUAUCAGUCCCAACCAAAAAUAUUCCACCAGAAUUUUCAUCAGUAGAGGAGAAAAAGACAUGGAUGAAUGAGGUGAUUGGAAAAAUGGUUGAUGAAAUGGUGUGGCCAAAAAAAAUUGAAGAUAUCCAGGAUGAUGUUAUUGAGGAUGGGCAGUACCUACCAGUAACAUUGAAAUUGUCAAAUGGAACUGAGAUCUCAAUUUGUCCCAGAAUCAGAACAACCAAUAAGAAGUCGGUUGAUGAAGGAAGUGACAAGGUUAAGAACUAUGGACAUUUAGUGUUAGAAUUGGGUAUGCUGUUUAAAGAGCUGUUGGGUGUUUGCAAAUCUCCAGAACGGAAUCAAAUGUUGAGGUUGUUGAAGCACAGUAUGACAGUAUUUAAAGCGAGGUCCAAUAACAGCAAAUAUGCUUUGGAAAUACACCGCUUUCUGAUACAACAAAUUUCUACCUUGUCAGAAAGGAGGCAGCUGAGGUUGUUACAGGAAUGUUUGUCAACACCAAAGGAAAGGUGGACAGUUAUAUCCCUGCUGACUUGCAGAUGA